AUGAAGAAACUGAGAAAGACAUGUGAAGGAGUUGGCUCACAGCUAAAGCAGCGCCUGGUGUCAGGAAGGGGAAUAGGACAAAGUGGUGCUGUGACUGAGCCCUUCUGCCUUCAAACAACGCCCUGCUUUCCCCAGUACAUCCCAGGGACUCCUAGUGAACUUCAGUCCAAAGCCAUGGAGGAGCAGGAGGGCUUGGUUCUCACUAACCAAGGAACAGUGGUGGAGGGAGUGUUGCCCAUUAUACAGCUGCCACGUGGAAAGCUGGACAGUCUUGUUUUGAGCUAUGUGAGACAUCGGCUGUUGAAAGCGGAGGAGAGUGAAUGUGAAACAGAAAUGGUAGCCAGCUUUGGUAACCUCACAGGCGUGAAUACUGGAUCGUAUGGAGCAGCAGAAUCUUGUGGGAAGGUUGACUGCUCCAAGACACCACAGCCAAUAGAAAUUCACUUCAAAUGCCUGAGGGGAGUCAAAGAUAAGGUCCCUAAAGGCCAUUACACCCUCAAAGUUUCUGUUCUCAGCCGCUUAGGUGGUGGCUUGCUGGAGUGGCCCAAACUGAAGGAGCAGCCUCAGGCCAGGACAACGCUGCCUGUUAGUCACGACGGAAACUUCUACAACACUGAAAUCUACUUUGGACAAAGUAUCCAGACAAUUCUGCCACCUAGAAUAGCUGUGAAGCCAGGCAUGGUCCUCCUCUUCGAACUCUUCCUUCUUCGUGGGACCCAUUCUUGGAUCGAUCGAGAAGUGGGAUGGGGAGCUUUUCCCUUGUGUGACAACAAUUUUAACGCUUUGGAAGGAAAAUUUAAAUGUCCCUUUCUCAGAGGCCAUUAUGACUCAAGAGUUGACCGAUUCAAAAAAAUAGAAAAUUUUAUUUCUCAAGACUUGGAUCAUUGGUUAUGCAAUCUCUACUUUCAGAUAAUUAAACUACCACAGGAUUCAGAUAAGCAAAAUAAGCGUGAUGUGCACCAUUAUCUCCCACCUGAACUUCUCAUGUGUUCAAGUGUUGCCGAGAAGAAUGGUGUCUCACAGAAAGUUGAACAGUCUGGACCUCAAGGGCAACCUCUGACCUCCCCAAAAGAUCCUGACACCCAUAAGGGAAGUAUUCCCACUGUUGUAAAGGAAGUGGAAAAGCAGUUUAAUGCGGCGAAAGGAGGAGAAGCGUGUGUGUCAGAAGAAGCUGGGAGGAAAAGAGAAGAGCUUAAAGUGCUUCCAGCAGAGGAUGAGUUUUACCAAGAUUGCUGUGGCAGUGCAAAAGAGCGCUGUGGCAGUGUGGAAGAGCACUGUGGCUCAUUUCAGCUGAAGGAAGGCCAGGGAGGACAUCACAAGGUUUGUUCACUAAAUGUUAACAAACCUUCUACAGAGUUUGGUAUUGUGCCUAGGAAGGCAGUUGGACUAGAUGAUCAUUGCAGGUUUCCAAUUGAAAUACCUUACUAUUCAAACUUGGGUUGUUUUUUUAUUUUAUUUUUUAUUUUUUUUAUUUUUUUGCAUUUAAAGAUCACCUGGAAUAACUCACCUGACCAAUGUCAUCAAGAAAAAUCAGGUUCUGGGAAUCAUGCAAUCCCAGAAGAAGGGAAGGCAUCUGCAGAGAACAAUUUUUACUUGGAGGAAUUAGAGAAAUAUACUUUUUCUGUGUGCUGCCGUUCUCCUGACGAAGUGAAACUGUCCAGGCGGGUUUUCGAGCAUUUCCAUUUUGCAGUACACGCAGCCUUCUCAGAACUGGGAGCCACACACUGGUGCUCCAGGGACUUCUGGCUGCUCAUGCUGCUGGUAGUUUUGCUUUGGUUCGUGAGACUUUACCUGCAUUAUUUGAGCCAGUGGCUCUUCCUUCAGAUGAUCUCCAUUCCGGUUACAAAAUUCCAGCUUUUCCCUCACACUGUUGAACUGUGCUACCAGAACUCCUUGCUCAAGACCAGUGAAGAGUUGGUCAUGGUUGUGGUGGGACCCCUAACCUUGAAUGCAGUGCUGCUUCUUAUGGUCCUGAUCAGAUGGGGCUGUCAGCAGCUGUUUGACUCAUUCCCUUCCUUCUUGUCAAAGUUUAUCAUAGCUCUGGGACUCUGGACAGUGCUAGACCCCUUGGCAGUGUUCAUAGUGGAUUCAGUCCUGGGGCGACUUGGGAACAGUGUAGAGAAACCCACUGCUGAUGCCGCAAAGCUCUACUGGGUCUUUCUAAGAGCGGAGGAGUCGGGCAUUCCUGGUGCCUUAAUCACUGUGAUGCUUUAUACAAUCCUGUUCAUCAUCUCAUCAACAGUAUUGUACCUGUACUUCUUAAGGCUACAUAGCGAAGGAUGGCUCUUGGAUGUAUUUCAACGCAUCUAUGGUGAGGAAGGCGCAUUCUUUGUUCCAUUGGAUUUAGAGAUUUCCAAUCAGGAGCUGAGCUACAUUAUGAAGAGGGCUGAGCAGUGGAGAGGAAUCAACGGUGAAAGACGUAUGGUGGCAGUGUCUGAUUACAUCUGGAAGGACCAUGCCAGCAAGCCUGGUGUCUCCAGCUGUGACCUCGAGGACCAGGAUGAAAUCCCUGAUUCUGCAGCUAGCUCGAGAGGUAGCACCACUGUUCACGUCUCUGUCUACACUGUUCACCUCAGCGGCUUCCAGGAGCUCUAUAGGCACUUCCUCAGGCUGCCCGAUGGGGCUAUCAUUGAGGCUUUUGGUGAUAUUACUGGAGAAAGUCUUUUGUGUAAUGAAAUGAGCACAGCCCAGGAGCAUGUAAGCGAAAUGGACGGCGUGUUGCAUACAUCUUCACGUAUCAAGCUGAGGGAGAGGAAAAAGAGUACAACAAGUUGGAAAGCUAGAUCUCAAGGAGGCUCUGUAAGCCUGGCUGAGGAUAAAAUUGUGACCUGUGUCACUGGAGGUAAUAACAACUUGCUAAUGCCUUCUGGGUACAAGGAGGAUUUGGGACUACACGUGCCAGUGGGAUUCUAG